AAGUAUUCAUCACUAACACAACCGCAACUGUUGAAUAAGUACACAAAAAGAACAUUAUCACCGUGAGCAACAGUAACACGAACAUAAAUUGAUUCAACCCAGGACAGAAAAACUAACGGGAGCUGUUAAAUUUCUUAAAUUGUACUUGAAUCGAGAAAUCAUUGGUAUUAGAUCGACAGUCAUGGAACAUGUGUUGCAAAAUUCACUUAUCAAUGCCGCAGUACAGCUGGAAAAGCAGCUGGAUGGAGAGUUGGCUCGUUUGGAUAGUCUAGGUGGGGAGGACUUGGAGAAGCUCCGCGAGCAGCGGAUCCAGGAAAUGAAAAAACAGGCUGCUCAGCGUCAAGAGUGGAAAAAUAAUGGCCAUGGUGAGUAUAUAGAACUGGCAGACGAAAAGGAAUUUUUCGAGGUGAGCAAAAAAUCUGCCAAUAUUGUAUGUCACUUCUAUCGCGACUCAACGCCGCGUUGCCGAAUUGUUGACAUGCAUCUAAAGAUACUGGCUACCAAGCACAUAGAGGCCAAGUUUUGUAAAGUGAAUGCCGAAAAAUGCCCCUUUUUGACUCAGCGGCUGCGUAUCAAAGUGAUCCCUAGUAUAGCCCUAAUAAAAGACAGUAAAACCAAGGAUUAUAUUGUUGGUUUUACUGAUCUAGGUAACUGUGACGAUUUCAGCACUGAAAUGCUCGAAUGGAGAAUCGCACAAUCUGGAGCAAUAAAUUAUAAUGGUGAUCUACUGACACCGCCUGAUGAUAAAAAAAAGAAAAAGACUUCUGCAUACCCCACAAAGAAAACCAUUCGCGGCGGCUACGAUUCGGACGAUUCUGAUAUUGAUUUCGAUGAUUGAGUGGCUCAAAUUGAUUGACAUCUGGGCAAUCAUUCGCAAAAGCAUGUGGGUCCCAAAUUUAUUGCGUUGGUAGAAAGUUAAACAGAUAAAAUAGACCAGAACACUUCUGGUCGCAGAUAUCUCGAUAUCGCUUAUGCAGCGAAACUGUAGUAUUUGAACCGUUUUUAGUGAAGUCCAAGAACCUCUUUAGUCAACACAUUCGCACAGGUAAUCGUAAACGGAAUGUGUCGUAUAUUCCCGAACUAGCGCAAAACCAUCCUUAUUGAUCUAAAUUUUAAUCUUAUAUCGGUAUUCUAAUAUUGAGUGCUUGUUCAUUGUACAACACGCCUUAGCUUUCAUUACAACAUUAUAAUCUAGUACAUUAGAGUUAAAAUUUUUUUAUACGACUUCAGACUCUACCUCCCUUAUUGUCCUCGUAAGUAUUUAACAACCGCGUUAAGGCAUCCUAAUGAACGCAUGCUUUUGUAUACUUUGAGAUAGAUUUAAGUAAACGGAAACUUCGACGCACUUUAAAUGCUGCAACUUACGUAGUUUCAAAAGAAAGUAUGGCAGAAUUAAUGAUAGCUUACUAACAACCAUGACCAUUUUUGGUAAUGAUUUUAAAAUUUGCUGAUUAUUGUCUUCAGAAGUGAAAAACGUUUCGAAUUUUUAAAGCUUAGUUGCCCCUGACCCAAUGUUUGCAUUGCGUUGAAGAGUAGAUUUAAGAUAUAUUAUUUUUGUACUAAUUUGACGAAUUUGAAUUUGCAGGCAAAUGUAAUCAUAAUUUUGCAAAUAAACUAAGUUUUCUAUUUA